GCGGAUUCAGAGAUAUACUGUGUAUGGUAUCAGUGUCGAAACGGGUCGCAAGUAGUGCAGCCUUGUUCGUGACACGGCAUUACUUACGCUUCCCUUUUAACUGGACUUUCCAAGAUGGCGGCCCCAACCCCUCGCUUCACACUCUACAUGUCGGGCACAUCCUACUUCGCCCAGAAGGCACUGAUGGCACUUUUCGUGAAGAAUGAACCAUUUGCAGAAAAGUUGGUGGACCAAAACGUAAAUGACAACUACGAGAGUUGGUACAUGAAGCUGAACCCGCUAGGGAAGGUUCCAGUUUUGGAGGACCGGGGGAAGAUCAUUCCCGAAUCUGACGACAUCAUCGACUACCUUGACAAGGAAUUGCCUCAAGGACUACGCCUUGUGCCUGAACCGUCGACCGACCUCGGCCGGGAGGUGGCGCACUUCAGGAAGCUCCUGAAUGUCAACGUGGUAAUCAUCAUCUUCGGCCUCGCCUACAACCCCCACCUCUCCCCCGACUACACUGCCGCAAAGACACGGAAAGAGCUAGAUGAGAUUAUCGAUGGUAAAAUCGCCAAGCUUGAGAGAUAUGCCAGUGAAAACCCGAAUCUAAGAGACGCCUACCUCGCCAAGAUUCCACCAUUGCAGCAGAGGAAGGAAUUGUGUAGUAACCCGGAAGUUGUUCAAAGGGCACUUGAUGACCUUCAGACGACCUUAGAUGAAGUCGAGGCUAAAGUGAUAAAAGGUUCCCCCGGUGAGACGUGGUUGCUGUCUAGCGACUUGACGGCGGCGGAUAUUUCUCUGGCUGUGCUUCUCCGACGUGUGUCACUGAGUGGCCUGGCCUCCCUCUACUUCUCCCCCACCCAGAGGCCGGCACUACACAAGUACUGGCUGCGUCUGCAGACCCUCCCCGCCUACUGCAGGCUGAGCGACAUCGCCGUCAAGUACGGCGUCAAGGCAUAGUCACUUGUACAACCAACAUCAUGGUAUAUACUACAUAAUACUACGUCAUUGACAAUACAUUGCCUCGGCAGAGAUACCCUUACGUAGUCACGAUUACUUUGUGGAAUUAGAGUUUCUGUUUGUACAGUAAUCUCGAAAUAAAGACAUGAUCAUGGUAAAAGAGAAAAUAAAGGGAGGAAAGUUAAAGAAAGGUGAUUCCCCGGAUGAAGGAGUAGGAAUGUAGAUCUACUCCAAAACGAAGUGCAGCAGCUGACGUCCAUGAAUUUCCCCCUGCCUGUGUAUCACUUCUAAAUGCCACUCGAAGAUUUGGAAUAAAACUGUUCUAUAAAGAAACCCCAA